AAAACCAGUGAGUGAGAUAGGAGCUUUCAGUAGAGGGAGAGCUAUAGUGUAAGUGGUAUAGGACUUUAUCAAAAACUUCUGUAAAACUACAGAACAAAACAAAAAAAAAUCCCUUGUAAAUCAACAAUCUCCUCCCGGGUUUCGAUUUUUUUUUUUUUUUUUUAAAGCAAACGGGGACAGACCAUCACGCUUUUACACUUUUAGAGAGUGCAAUAUGUAUCAUUAAUGAAGCAGCAGCCAGGGGGUGGACAAAAGAACAUUUUGAUCUGUAGUUUGGUUGAUGCUCUUGUUCAGUCCAUGCAGUACGUGUCAUCACCAACACAAUGCCCGUCUUACUUUUCCUGAUAGACACGUCCGCUUCUAUGAACCAGCGCGCCCAUCUGGGCACUACCUAUCUGGACAUAGCUAAAGGGGCAGUUGAGACUUUUAUGAAGCUCAGAUCCCGAGAUCCCGCUAGCAGAGGAGACAGGUAUAUGCUGGUGACUUUUGAGGAGUUCCCCUGUGGAAUCAAGGCUGGAUGGAAAGAAAACCAUGCCACAUUUAUGCAUGAAUUGAAAAAUCUCCAGGCUGUAGGACUUACAACUGUUGGCCAAUCCCUAAGGACAGCUUUUGAUUUAUUAAAUCUAAAUAGAUUAGUUUCUGGAAUAGACAACUAUGGGCAGGGAAGAAAUCCUUUUUUCUUGGAGCCGUCAAUUAUUGUCACAAUCACAGAUGGGAGCAAGCUGACCAGUAACAGUGGAGUUCAGGAUGAGCUCCAUUUACCUCUCAACACCCCUUUACCUGGAAGUGAAUUGACCAAGGAACCUUUCCGUUGGGAUCAGCGCCUGUUUGCUCUCGUCCUAAGGAUCCCAGGCAACAUGGCUGUUGAGCCAGAGCAAAUGAUAGGCGUGCCUCAGGACGAUUCUGCCAUUACUCCAAUGUGUGAGGUCACGGGAGGUCGUUCAUACAGCGUCUGUUCACAGAGGAUGCUCAAUCAGUGUCUGGAGUCACUGGUGCAAAAAAUCCAGAGUGGAGUGGUAAUAAACUUUGAGAAAACCGGACCAGACCCACCACCUAUAGAAGAUGGACCACCCGACACAUCCAAACUCGGACCCCAGGUUUGGCACAGCUGUCACAAACUCAUCUAUGUCCGACCCAACCCCAAAACAGGGGUUCCUAUUGGCCACUGGCCGAUCCCAGAGGCCUUCUGGCCUGAUCAGAACUCGCCAACACUUGUAGGUGUCUGUCCGUCCCGUACUGCCCAUCCUCAGGUCCGCUUCUCCUGUAUCGACUCGGAGCCCAUGGUAAUCGACAAGCUUCCCUUCGAUAAAUACGAACUUGAACCAUCGCCUCUCACGCAGUACAUCCUGGAGAGGAAAUCGCCUCAUACGUGUUGGCAGGUUUUCGUCUGCAAUAGUGCAAAGUACAGUGACCUUGGCCAGCCGUUUGGUUAUUUGAAAGCCAGUACAGCUUUGAACUGUGUUAACAUGUUUGUGAUGCCAUACGACUUCCCUGUGCUCCUUCCUCUUCUGGAUGAUUUGUUCAAAGUUCACAAGCUAAAGCCAACUUUAAUGUGGAGGCAGUCAUUCGAAGUAUAUUUAAAGACAAUGCCUCCAUAUUAUAUUGGGCCUCUGAAGAAAGCUCUCCGGAUGAUGGGAGCACCUAAUCUAAUUGCAGAAAACAUGGAAUAUGGUUUAAGUUACAGUGUCGUUUCAUAUCUCAAAAAGCUAAGCCAGCAGGCGAGGGCCGAGUCUGAUCGAGUCAUUGCGUUGGUAGGUAAGAAGCCGGUUCAGGAAAAUGGGGUGCCAGUGAAGAACAAGGCCAGCACCCUGUCACUGGCUCAAUGCAAAGACUUCAAGCAGCUCCUGAAGGGCAUCACCGGGGAGGCUCCUCAUGUCCUGCAGGAGCUCAGCAUGAAGGAAUUCACUGGAUUCCAGAUCGGCAUCCUGAAUAAGGACUUGAAGCCUCAGAGUUUUAGAAAUGCAUAUGACAUACCCAGAAGAAGUCUGUUGGAUCACUUGUCGAGAAUGAGAUCCAACCUUUUAAAAGCCGCUCAAGGACUACUGAAGGGACAAGAUGAAGAUCAAUUGCACAGCAUUCCAAUCGCGCAGAUGGGGAAUUACCAAGAGUUCCUGAAGCUGUCACCUUCUCCCUUGCGAGAGGUCGACCCUGACCAGCCAAAACGACUGCACACGUUCGGAAAUCCCUUCAAACUGGACAAGAAGGGAAUGAUGAUUGACGAAGCAGACGAGUUUGUCUCGGGUCCCCAGAACAAAAGCAAGAGACCGGGAGACCCCAGCAUGCAAGGGGUGCCGAAAAGGAGAAGGUGCAUGUCUCCACUGCUGAGGGGGGGCCGGCCCCUCACUCCACCAGCUGUCAAUAACCACAUAGGGGGAAAGGGCCCCCCAUCCAUUCCUGUAACACUGGCACAUCCAAACCUUCUAAAACCCAUUCCUGUCUGUAAAGCUUCUGAAGAAAAACCUAAUGUGUUCACAGACGGUGUGGUUGAAAACCACAUAGGGAGCCAACACUCACUUGAAACUUUACCAGACCCUGUUCCAUACCUGAAUUCAGACACUGAUCCUUUCAACAUGAAGCAGCUUCCAGCAGGAGCGGAGAACCACAUAGGCGAGCUGGGAAACAACCGUUCAGGGGUCGAUGACCUUUACACAGUGAGCCCCACGCGAACCCAUGAAGACAGUGAGGAGGGGGAGGCGUGUCUCGAGGAGGGUCUGCACCAAUCACACAAAAUGAAAAAGCUGAACAACUCAAAGAGUGAAGAAAACAACGCAGAGCUUAAAGUCCUCAUCACCAGAGAGAUUAGAAAACCAGGCAGAAGAUAUGAAAGAAUAUUUUAUUUCUUGGAACAAGUGCAAGGCAGUUUACACACAAGACUCCUAUUCCUACAGAAUGUUAUCAAAGAAGCAGCAAGGUUUAAAAAGCGUGUGCUUAUAGAGCAACUGGAAGGAUUCUUGGAAGAAAUCCACUGUCGAUACAAUCAGAUGAACCACGUGGAUAGCAUAUAAAUACUCUGCUUUAACUCGCUGAAUAUGAAUGCAUUCGAAACAGGGUGCACUUGACUACAAAAGGCCGCUGCAAACUUGUUUGUGACACAGUGGUAUUCCUGUUCACUCCUACCUGCAUUGUGAGGCUGACCCAGAAUUGAAAGUCAGAGACAAGCAAACCUGCUGUUCAAAAUGCACCAAUGACCAAACAAUAUUCUGCGCAUUUUAUUUGCGGUUGUAGAACAUUUUAAACCCCAGUUUCAACCUCGGUGACGGUGUUAAUGAGGGUUACCAUUGUUUGUAAUAAUAUUUUCGGACGACUCCAUGGCAAAAUAAACCUCCCAAGCUGUGGAAGUGGGGAGAACACUUUGUUUUUUUAUGCUGGUUAUAGGCUGCUGUCCAUCAGGUUUUACCUACUUGGCCAAACGUUGUGGAAUAUGUUUGGGGGGGGGAAAGCACAUUUACAUAAAGGUAUUUUGGAUAUAAUGUACAAUUGUAAAUAAGCAUAUUUUGAAAAAUAUUUAAAGAACUUGCACUUUUUGUAAUUAUUUCCAUCAAUAAAGUUUCUAUUUUACACGGUGGAUGGUUAAUGUAAAUAAAAGCAAGAGGAUUUGAAAUGAA